UAGCAAUGCCAAAACGCCAAAACAAAACAAGCUCGAGAUGAACUCCUGCUAAUUUGCUACAGAAAUCAGAAAGAUAAGUUUCAGAUUAAACGAUGGGAUUAUAGUGAUGGCUGAAGGAUGAUGUGUUAGUUUACUGGACACUAUAAACAAGAAUUUGCAGUCACUCAUCCCAAUUGCUGGUGCCAGUGGUGGAACGAUCAGACUCGGAAGAGAUUACAGGUUUUGUUUCCAAUAGAGUUACCCCUCUCCUCCUGCUAUCAUUGAAUUAAUGAAAAUGCCUGAGAGUGAAUCUGAAGAAAACGACGACGCAAUUACAAAUGAUAGAGACCUUCGAAACAGGAAAUGGAUUGCAAGAAGAAAUUUGUCUUCAUUUUGGUUGCUGGGGUUAUGUAACAACUACGCAUAUGUCAUCAUGCUCAGUGCAGCUUUUGAUAUUUUGGGAGAAGAAAGAGCCCCAUCGACAACACCCAGUCCAAUAACCAUGCUUACCGUUAACUGGAGUGUCAUCAAUGGUACCACAUCACCUACCAUCAAUCCAUAUGACUGUAAUCCUUCAAGUACUGCUGUCAUUUUGUUAGCUGAUAUUCUUCCAUGUCUUCUUAUAAAGCUAGCAUCACCUUGGUUUGCAGAUCUCAUUCCUUAUGAUGUUCGAAUAGGUUUUUGUGUCAUCCUCAUCGCUGCGGGCCUUAUCAUGGUUUCUUUUGCCAAGACACUUGCUUUGACUAUUAUCGGUGUAAGCCUCGCAUCACUUGCCUCUGGACUUGGAGAAUUUAGUUUUUUAAGCAUGGCAACUUUCUUUGAUGAAAAUGUUGUAUCAACAUGGUCAUCAGGCACUGGGGGUGCAGGGUUGUUUGGUGCACUAAGCUAUGCGGGGCUUACAUCUGCUGGUUUAUCACCACGCAACACGAUACUCGUUAUGCUGAUUAUACCAGUUCUCAUGGCAUCAAGUUACUGGUUGGUUUUAGUUAGAGUUCCAGCAAUACAGAGCUGUACCUGGGGAAGAAGACAGGCCCAUAUACAGUAUCCCCCAUUGUUAGAAGAAACAGAAAAAGAGGAAGAAGAUAUUACUUCUAUUCAAGAUGCUGAGGCUUCACAUCUGCCAUGGCAAGAGAAGGUAGCUGUCUUAAAGUCAGUGCUCUAUCUGAUGAUACCAUUGAUGGUUGUCUAUAUAGCAGAGUACUUCAUCAAUCAAGGACUUUACGAGCUGUUGUUUUUCCCUCAUGCUUGGUUGCCACACCAGGAACAGUACAGAUGGUAUCAAGUUCUAUACCAAACCGGAGUGUUUAUCUCAAGGUCUUCAGUUAAUAUUGUUCACAUACGAAGAACAUGGAUCUUUGCCCUUAUGCAGAUUGCAAACAUGAUCAUCUUCCUGACGCAACUGUUCUACUUCUACAUUCCGUCUAUCUUCAUUGUGUUUGUUCUUGUCUUGUUCGAGGGGUUGCUUGGUGGGGCUGCCUACGUCAAUACCUUCUACAUCAUUAGGAGAGAGGUAUCUGUGGAUAAAAGGGAAUUUGCCUUAGGGGCACCUACAGUAUCUGACUCAAUUGGCAUAUCCAUAGCAGCACUUAUUGCAGUUCCAACCCAUACGGCAUUUUGUAACAGAGUGGUGGUGAAAUAACGGUUUCAUACUUUUUUGUUCCUCACAUUUGUUAGACCUCAAAAUUGUGCAGUAAUUCUUAUGUGGGGGCUCAAUACAGCCCAACAACUUCUUUGUAAUGUUAUCACUAUGCAUGAAGCUAAAUCCAAAUCAUGUUUUGGGGCAGUUUGUAAGUGUGUGAAGAAGUGAUGAGUUCAGAAUAUUGUAAUGCCUGAAACAUUUGUCAUAUAUACAGUUGGACAGUUUACAAAUAUGACAAAUCAUUGAGAGUACAAGGUGUAAGUAAGGAUUGUGGGGUCGUUGGGGUCUAGUGGUUACGACUCUUGUCUUUCAAUCAGAGGGACGUGGGUUCGAAUCCCGGCCAUGCAGUGCUUUCCUUCAGCAAGAAAUUUACCCACAUUUUGCUGCACUCAACCCAGGUGAGGUGAAUGGGUACCCAGCAGAAUUGUUUCCUUGAAAUGCUGGAAGGAUGCUCGAGCUAAAGCUAAGGUAAUAAUAAUAAUAACAAUGCGCUUCAUAAUAGACUAUUUCUAGAUAGAUGGUGCAAUAUAAAUGUCUUUUUCUAGUAUUGUUAUUAUUAUUUAUUACAUGCACAUGUCACUUUUGGGACAGUUCUGACACUGUUAGCUAUUACCAAUGAUUAUUCAUGUGACAUAUUUCAGAAAAUCAUUUAUUUCACUGUUAUCUUGUAUACCACCCAAAGUCUGGUAGUAAAUCAUGAAUACUGCUUUUU